AGAUUUUAUUGUAAAUUUAAUACAAUCCAUUUAAAAUACGAUUGUAAAACAUCAUGUACGAAAUAUGUUACUUGUUUGCAUUAUAGUGUUGGUUAUAAAUGUAGAAAACUGCUUAGCUCAUGUCGACGGUGCGAAGGUGCAUUACCUGUUUUAAGCUUAAAGAAGAGUGCCAAAUAGCUGAUAUUUGCCGACACGAUCAAGUCCCAAUGUGCGGAAUCGAUUCGUGCGGUGAAAUGCGCACUUUUAUUGACACCUGCGACAUGCAUGAGUUUAAUUGCGAUACUAGAAAAGAUUUUGUUCAAAAACCUGUUCACGAAUGCUGGGUGACCUGUAAACGGGGAAGAAGCUUCAAGAAACCUGCCUAUGGAGAUGGUUGUGAUUUAGAAAAUUCUGUAAUCUAGUUUUUCUAAUGGUACAAACAACAAUGGAAGUAUAGAAAGUAUUUCAUAAAAAAAUAAUGUAGGUUUUAAUAUAAAAUAUGCAUUAUUUGCCCUCAUUAUAAUAAAAUGUAUUAAUUACUUCUAUAAUUUACAACACCUUUUCAAAGGCGGAUAGUAUUGACAUAGUUUAAUAAAUUUUUUUGCCUCAAUGUAAGUUAUGGAACUCAACAAGAGUAGCAUAAUGAACAUAAAACCAAGAAAAUACUGAAAUAUCCAA